CCUUCUCCGUCCCGGCCUAGCGAGCUCGAAACACCCCAGCGUCUGGUCCCAUGUCGCAGUAGGGCGGACCAAAACCCUAACCCUAGCUUCCUCCACCGGCGCCCUCCUCGUGAGGCCGUAUCCAUGGACGCGAAGGACAUCCUCGGGCUCCCGAAGACCCCCUUCUCGUCCUCCCAGGAGAAGAAGUCGCGUCCGCCCAAGGAGCCGCAGCGCAAGCCCGAUGGCGUCUCGCGCGAGGUCUAUGCGCUCACAGGAGGGGUGGGAAUGGCCCCGCUCAUGCCGACCGUCGAGGCAUCGCACUUGAAGCGUCGGCCUGCUGCCGAGAAGGAGAAGGUAACAUGGCAGUGGUUACCUUUCACGUCCUCUGCACGAACUGACAACCUGCAACUCUAUCAUUGGGUUAGAGUUGUUAAUGGUGUUCAACCAACUGGUGACUAUCAGUUUGCAAAAUAUAACAAGAAGGUGGAUAUUCUUAAAUACACGGAUGAGGAAUAUGAGAAGUAUUUAGUUGAUCCUGCAUGGAGCAGGGAAGAAACAGAUCAGCUAUUUGAAUUAAGUGAACGGUUUGACCUUCGCUUCAUCGUAAUAGCAGAUAGGUUUCCAGCCACUCGCAGUGUGGAAGAUCUGAAGAGCCGUUACUAUUCUGUUACUCAGGCUCUUCUAAUUGCUAGAGCUCGGUCAUUUGAUGAAGUUUCUGGGAAUUCUUCUUUGAAGGAAGCUUACGAUGCUGCUCAUGAGACUGAGAGGAAGCGUGCAUUAUCUGCACUUCUCUCCCGAACAAAACAGCAAGAACGAAAGGAUGCUGAGAUUUUAGCAGAAGCAAAACGUAUUAUGGAAUCUCGCGCUGCUAGCAAAAAUGCGGACGAAGCCAGAGUGCCUUCGAGCUCUGAUAAUGCUUUGGUUCCUGUUGAAGAUGUAUCUCCCAUGAGCAGCACUCAUCCAUCGUUAACACAUCCAUAUACAGCAGCAAAUAGCUCCAUACCUAAUUCACUACGGAUGCUUCGAGUGUAUUUGAGAACCCAUGCUCUUGACCAAAUGGUCCAAGCAGCAAGUGCUUCAGCUGGCCUUAGGAUAAUCAAAAGGGUCGAUCAGACACUACAAGAUCUAGGGGUUAAUUUGAAGCCUAAGGUCCCAACAAAAGCAGUUUGUGUAGAACAUCUUGAAUUGCGGAACGAGAUACUCACGUUGCUUAACCUACAGAAGCAGCUGCAAAAUAAAGAGGCAGAAGUUUCAGCUAACAGAGAAAGUUCCUUCACGGAGGCACCAAACACACCUAUGCGUUCUAAUAGAGAUAUUGAUAGGCCUUUUGUCCCUGAUACAGUUGUGUUUGCAGGUGAAAGAACAGUCAAACGGGACCACAAGAGGAAGUCCACUGGAAGAUUUAUAGAUGCGCCUCCGUCACCACCCCAGUCCAAGAGGCCUCGGAAGCUGAAGGGAUCUGACUGAUAGUGCUGUUUAAAUAGUAUGGCAGAAAACAUUCUGUAGUCAAACAACCUGAGGUAGAGAUGAACUAGAACUAAAUAGGUCAGUUCGGGCCUUGGAUGGAAGUUAAUUGGGGACCUGGGGCUGGGGUGCAGUCUUGCAAGAAUUUGCUUUCGUAGCUAGAAGAUAUCCUUGCUCAGUCUAUCUACAGUGCAUCUUCCCGGAGGAUCUGGAAUCAUGGCCGUGACUUUCAGAUUUGUAAUGUAUGUAUGUAUUAUCAUGUUUGUAGAGAUGACAGUGAUAUUCCGUGAAAUUAUAGGGAUUGUCCUCAUCAGUCUAUUGAAAAUAGAGCAAAUCUCAAUCGAUGCAUCUCAGCUAUUGGAUUUGAA